AGAAUUGAAGAGAAAAAAUUUGUUUCAUUUCGUUCUCGCGUUGGGCAGCAAAAUCCUCCUGCAAAAUUUGUAAUUUUCAAUAAGAAAUACCUAAAAUUUAGACAAAAUACAAUCAAAAAGUGAAUAAUCAAUGUGUGCGCUAAUGAAAUAUUAUAAAAAGUGUUCAAAUUUAUGGCGAAAUAGUGGUUUUCCGGCAAUACGAAAUUUCUCAAAAAAUCAAUGACAGCAAAAAAGCAGCGGAGCACCAACAUCAGCAAGACCAGGAGGAGCAAAAGAAUAGCGGGAGGAAACAGAAAUCGUCGAAGUAAUGGGAGGAUGAAGAAGAAGCAACGAACAGGCAAGUAGUUAAGCAGCAACCAGCGAAAUCAGACAGUGAACCAGUCCGCCAGCGGCAACCAGCGCCGAAAACAACAACAAUUACAUAUAAUAAACGUUUUUUUUUUCCUUUCGCGUUUGUGUGAUUUAUUUUUAUUUUUUGGGUACCUCUGUGCCAAUGAAUGAUGGUUUUUGGCUGGUGAUGAAGAAUAAUACGAAAAAUAUCCAAAAAAGUAAAUAUGACAAUAAAGAAAGGUUUAUAAUAAAAGAAAACGAAGCAAAAUUUGGAAUGGUGUUGUCGCUGCAUUGCUGAUGAUGCUGCAGAAGCUGACGUCGACGACGACAGCGGCAGCGACAGCGACAGCAGGCAGCACUUGUGGCAAAGUGUGCAGUGGAAGCAACAUAAACGGAAAUAUCUUCGCCAGUAGUGAUUGCUCAAUGCAAAUUAAAAGUUAAUUAGUGUAAAGAAGAAUUUAUUAAAUCCAAAAACGUAAAGUGAAGAUAGAAAAGCACAUAUUUAGUACAAUCUUACAAUGGCAUUGAAAUAGUGAUUAGAAAUAGAAAAGAAAUCGCGAAUCAAUUCCAUAUGUCUUGGUUGAACAGUUAUUGGGAUUUUUAUAUAAAAAUUAAACCGACGAACAAUUAUUUCGAUAUUAAAAAACUAUUCGGUGGCCAGUUGAGAAAAAACUGCCCAAGUUGAGGCAAGGUUACAGCACAAAAUUGGCAUAGGAUAUUAAACGAAAGGAACCAAACGGCAAUGGCGGUAAAAAAGAAAUUAUUCGGAGAACGUAAUAACCGUGAAAUGGUUAGCCGAAAAAUCGAUUGAAAUACUCAUAUUAGUGACCCUGAAAAAGGAACAUACACACAUUUGCGAUAUACAAAAGGCAAUAUUCCAACCAUCACAGUGCAACUACAAAUAUGGAUGGACAAAGAGCGCGCGAUAUUUUAACCCUUCUACAAGAACGUGUCGUAUGUCUUACUGGUGGGAGGGAUAGACGUGGUGGGCCCUUGCUCUGUUUUCCCGCGACACCUAAACGCGAUCGUCUAAAACCGGAAGAUUUGCGGCGUUUGUUGAGCUACUUGAUUAUGAUACCAAGCGACUCGGCGAAGAACCUCGGCUUCACGGUUAUCAUUGAUAUGCGAGGCAAUGGCAAUUGUUCAACCAAUCUAAAGACAAUACUCAAAGUGCUGCAGGAGCAUUUCAGUGCUAACAUACACAACGUUGUGCUCAUUAAACCAGAUAAUUUCUGGCAAAAGCAACGUGCUUCAAUAUCGACAAAUAAAUAUAAAUUUGAAACAUCGAAUAUAUCUAUCGAAGCGCUACACAAGAUAGCCGAAUCUCAUCAGUUGACUUCGGAUUUUGAUGGCACCCAGCCUUACGAUCAUCAACAGUGGACUGAAUCGCGUCUGGCAAUCGAAGAUUUCUUUUGGCAGGCCAGCGAUAUGGCUGAUCGCAUUGACGAUCUGCAGGAAGACUUGCAGCGCAACGACUUUGCCGAGGAUGUGAAUGGCGCCAAGCAUUCGCUCGAUCAUCACAACGAAAUGAAGAAGAAAAUACAAAAUCUGCCCAUUGAAGAUUUGGAAUUGCAAAGUAAGAAAUUGCUAGCCAAAAUAAAUAAGAAUUCAGGUGGUGCUGGUGUGCCAGGCAGACAGCCCUGUGUUGGCACUGGCGCUGACUGCGGCGGCAGCGAUUCCGGUACUUCAACGCAGACGCAAAACUCUUCACCAGCUUUUCGCGCUGCCACCAACAAUCCCGACAUGGCCGCAGCUGUCAACAAAGCGCUGCGUCAAGUAGACCUCAUACGGAAUGGCCAACAGCGUCUACUAACGUUGUGGCAGCACAAGAAAUCCAAAUUGGAUCAGUGUUUCCAGUGGCGGCUCUUCGAACAAGAUUGUGAAAAAAUGUUCGAUUGGAUUUUGCACAACCGCGAUGUCUUUCAGAUGUCAUAUGUCGAGAUUGGACAUAACUAUUCUGUGGCCAAAUCGCUACAGGAUGAGCAUCAGAAAUUUGCUGUCGCUUCAAUGAAUGUAUCAGUCAAUAUAGAUCGCAUACUAGCUGUAGCUGCACGUCUGAUCGAGAGCCAGCAUUAUGCCGCACAGCACAUUAAAACGCUAGCCACGCGUCUUGAUCGCACUUGGAAAGACUUUGCCGCUGGGCUGGAUGAGCGUACAGCAGUGCUGCAGUUGAGUGUGCUCUUCCAUCACAAGGCGGAGCAAUAUUGCAAUAGCGUUGCCUCGUGGGCAGCAGCCUGUCAAGCAUCACAGCCGCUUCCAUCAGACAUUCAGAGUCUGGAGACAGCCAUACGCACACAUCAGUCACUGUACGAAGCGAUGUGUCAGGCCUACACCGAAGUGCACUCUACCAGCAAAAAACUACUUUACCAACUGGAUCAUCUGGUGCAGGUGUGCAACCAACCACCGCCACCUGGUGUACCCGAUCACCGCAAGAAUAGCAGCUUUAAUAAGUACGAACGUCAGAACCCGGCAGCUGACUAUAGUGAGGGUGCUUCUCAUGUGCUUGCCGUCAUCCACCAAAUACUCGGUCAUCAUCGUUCGUUGGAGGCGAAAUGGCAUCAAGAGAAAAUAAGAUUGCAUCAAACUUUGGCGCUACGCCUCUUCCAGGAGGAUGUAAAACAGGUACUCGAUUGGUUGAAGAAUCAUGGUGAGGUCUUCUUGCGCAAGAAUACCGGCAUAGGGCGCAAUUUGCAGAAGGCGCGUGUUUACCAAAAGUCCCAUGAGCACUUUGAAAAUGUCGCGCAGAACACUUACAGCAACGCCGAAAAACUGCUCUCUGCAGCGGAUGAGUUGGCGCGCAGUGGCGAAGCAGAUCCGAAUGAGAUUUACUCUGUAGCACGCGAGCUGGAGCUGCAAGUGGCCAGUUUCGCUGAACGCGUUGAGCAGCGGCGCCGGCGCUUGGAAAUGGCUGUCAUAUUUUACACGCACGAAAAGGAGGUGACUGCUUGGAUCGAUCAACUGCGCACCGAUGUUUCCACUGACCAAACAAUGCUCUCUCAAGAGAAUCUCGAAGGCAUUGAACGCCAUCUGCAGCAAUUUCGUGAACAGCAGGAGAGCACGCUGAAAGGUUGCAUGCAGACUAUUGCUCAAGGCGAAGCUCUACUGCAGGAAAUGCGUUCACUUGAGUAUGAUGAAAAUAGCGUAUCCAUAUCGGGCCUGGAAACCACUUUGGAGAAAUUGACAAAACAAAAAGUGGAAUUGGAGGAGCUGUGGUCUGCGCGCCAAUAUCGCGCUGAUCUAAUACUGCGUUUACGUUACUUCGAACGUGACGCAAUGGAGUUAUCAUCACAAUUGGAAAUUUGGUCGGAGGAGCUGCAGCAUGCCGACUUGUCGCGUGACUAUCAAAAGGCGGAGCAAUUGAUACGCAUGCAUAACGACUCUGUAACCGACAUACAGAACACAACUUACGAGGUGCUACAACAGGGACAAGAUUUGCUUCAAAUGUUCGAAACUGCUGGCAUCAUUUCGAUGGCAGAUGCUACACACACAGCGCAGGCGCGCAUACAGUACCUCCUGGACUUUUUGGGUGAACGUGAAAUUGACCUUGAGGAACUGUCUGAGGCGAAGCGCGCGAAGUUGGAACAAGCUGUACAGUUGUGCCAGUUUCAAAAUGAUGCCAAUCAAGUAAUAUCGUGGAUACGUAAUGGUGAAGCAAUGCUGGUUGCCAGCUUUGUUACGCCAAAUAGCUUACAGGAGGCAGAGCAGCUACGCAAGGAACACGAACAGUUUCAGGUCGCCAUUGAGAAAACACACACCUCAGCCGUGCAAGUGAAAUAUCGUGCCGAUGCUCUCAUUAAUGCCAAUCAUUACGAUCCCCAAUCGAUACGUGAAAUUUCCGACGAUGUCACCAAGAAGUGGCAACAGUUGGUUACGUACGCUGAAGAGCGUCACAAACUAGUUACCGCCUCAAUGAAUUUCUACAAAACCGCCGAACAGGUGUGCUCCGUGCUCGAUAGCUUGGAGCGUGAGUACCGACGCGAAGACGAUUGGUGUGGCGGUGGUGGCUCUAGCGACAAAGCGCAAACCAUUGUGCAAUUGAUUUCCAAGCAUCAGGAACAAAAGGAGGCAUUCCUCAAAGCGUGUACACUUGCACGUCGCACCGCCGAAACAUUCCUUAAAUAUGCAAAUCGUUCACAACAGUACUACAAGUAUCAGACGCAGGGUAAUUGCGAGACACAUGUUCGCACCAUACUCGACAAGUUGUUGACUCAGGAAAAUCAGGUGCUCGAAUUUUGGACACAACGCAAGAAGUCGCUGGAUCAGUGUCAGCAAUUCGUGCUGUUUGAGCGUAGCGCAAAGCAGGCAAUCGAAUGGAUACACAACACCGGCGAGGCAUAUCUCUCGUCACGCACGAAUCUCGUGGGUAAGACCCGCGAAGAGACCGAAGGUCUGCUCAAAGAGCAUAACGAAUUUCGCGGUACCGCGAAGGAAACGCGCGAGCGUGUAAAACUGCUAAUACAGUUGGCCGAUAGUUUGGUUGAGAAGGGGCAUGCGCAUGCUAGCGCCAUCAAGCAAUGGGUGGCGUCUGUGGAUCAAAGAUACAAGGACUUUAGUAAUCGCAUGGACACUUAUAGAGAGCAGUUGGAGAAGUCACUAGGCAUGGCAAAAGCUCUGCCUGCUGAGUCGGAUGCGAAUUCUUCUAUUAGCUCUGCUUCCGGUUCCACAACGGAUCGCCACUCAGAUCCUUCACUGGAAGCCAAACUCACCACAUCGUCAACAGCCGCAUCGAAAGAAAUUAACGAAGAAAAACGUAAAUCGGCACGUAGAAAAGAGUUUAUUAUGGCCGAAUUAAUGCAAACUGAACGUACCUAUGUAAAAGACUUGGAAACGUGCAUCAAAUGCUUCCUUGAAGAAUUUCGCACUGGUCUGGGUGUACCAGCAGCAUUGGCCGGCAAAGAGGAUACCCUCUUCGGCAACAUACGUGAAAUUUACAAUUUUCAUCAAAAAAUCUUUCUACGCGAAUUGGAAAAAUACGAAACUAUGCCCGAAGAUGUUGGUCAUUGCUUUGUCACGUGGGCAUCAAAAUUCGAUAUGUACGUGUAUUAUUGCAAAAACAAACCAAUUUCGAAUAAUUUGAUGGUACAACAUUCGGGCACUUAUUUCGAUGAGCUACAACAUCGACACAAAGUUGAGCAUCCAUUGCCUGCGUUUCUAAUCAAACCAGUGCAGCGCAUUACAAAAUAUCAAUUACUACUUAAAGAUUUGCUCUCUUGUUGUGAGGAGAGUCAUGGUGAAAUCAAAGAGGGUUUGGAAGUAAUGCUAAAUGUGCCGAAGAAGGCGAACGAUGCAAUGCAUUUGUCAUUGUUGGAGAACUGUGAUGUACCCAUAGAUAAUUUGGGUGAGGCAGUGCUGCAGGAUGCAUUCCAAGCUUGGGAUACCAAACAAUUGAUACGCAAGGGGCGUGAAAGGCGUGUGUUCUUAUUCGAAUUGUAUUUACUCUUUGCCAAAGAGGUGAAGGACUCAAAUGGCUCUGUAAAAUAUCAAUUCAAGAGCAAACUCAUGACAACCGAUAUGGGUAUCACCGAACACAUUGAAGGCGAUGAAACUAAAUUCGCUGUGUGGACGGGACGUUCACCUAUGCUCUCUGAUUGUCGCAUCGUUUUGAAGGCGAAUAGCCUGGAAACCAAACAGGUUUGGGUCAAGAAAAUGCGUGAAGUUAUGCAAGAAACCUGCUUUUCGGGCACAUCUCUUACGCUACCUAAGUCACCAGCAAAGAAUUCAGGCUCAUCACAACGUUCAUCACGUGAUCUAGAUGAACCAUUGACGGAGAACGAUCAUGAUCGUUGUUCACUGGCCAGUUUCGGUUCCGGCAAUACCACAGAUAGUGACAACAAGAUUGGUAGCCACGAGGGCACUUGGGUGGUCGCUGAUUACAUUGCAACACCCGGCUCCAAUGAGUUGAGUGUGACUAAAGGGCAACAAGUUGAGGUUGUGGAAGCACCCUCAGCCGCCGAGCCAGAUUUCUGUUUAGUACGCCUAAAUCCACAAAGUGACGAUGCAGCCGUACAGGAAGGACUGGUGCCUGUUUCAAUACUUAAACCAUCGCCAAGCGCACAGAAGAACAGUUCGGCGCGCAAGGAAACAAACGAUGUGAUGCAGGAGCAAAGUAACAAUCGCGGCAAACCGGAUCCGUUGACUUCAUCAACAAAGCGACGUGGUUUUAGCGGGCCAAAAUGGUUUCCACUACGAAAACAUUCACAAAACAAGAACGAGAAGACACCAGCCGAUAAAAUACUUACAAAGAAAUCCUCAGAAAAGAGCUUAAGAUUGACACAAAAACAAACCGAGCAGGAUGAGAAGAACCUUGUAACUUCGGCCACAGCAGGCAGUCGAAGCCACUAUGGCACAUCGGCGGCGUCAUCACAGGCCAAUGCCGCACAAGCCGAUUAUGAGGCCGAGGAAGAAGCUGGUUUAGAACUACCACCACCGAUGAAACCUUUACAGGAGCCACACUUAAUGGCAAACGGUCCGCCAGUAUUUGCCAAGGAUCUCAAAGAGAAUUCCAAAAACUUGGCAAGCGCUGGCAAAAUGGAUGGAAAUCCCGCCGUAGAUUUAUCGGAAAUUGAGCAAAUUGUCAAAGAGAAAACGGAACAACACGAGGAGAAAUCAAAAAUUUUAAAACCAAACGCAAACAAUUGCAGUAAUAGCAAUGCUGAUGUUUGUGCCAGCAACGGUUGCAACACAGUUGGUGAGAAGACAGAUGCCACAGAUAAUUACGACAACAGCAACUUAUAUAAUCAUGAGGAGCGUAAUACAGAAAACAGUGAUAUUGAAAGCGCGCUUAGAAAGCGUCAAUACGCAAUCGAUGAAUUAAUAACCACCGAAAAGUCAUAUAUUGAAGACUUAAAAAGUGUUGUAAAUGGUUACUUAGCUGAGGUGCUCGAUCCCAAAAGUGAUAUACCCAUACCCGAUGAUCUAAAAGGCGGUAAAGAGCGCAUGGUUUUCGGCAACAUUGAGGCCAUCUAUGAGUGGCAUAAGAAAUUCUUUUUGGAGGCAAUAGUUCGCUGUCGUAACUCGCCCGCCGAUCUGGGCCCUAUUAUCAAACGUUAUUUACCCAAAUUUGAUAUGUAUAAUAAAUAUUACCAAAACAAACCAGUGUCGGAUCACAUAGUGACCACUCAUCUUGCAUAUUUUGAUCAAAUACGACAAAAACUCGGUAGUCGUUUGGAUCUCAACGAUUUGCUCAUAAAACCGGUGCAAAGAUUGCCAAAAUAUGAAUUGUUAUUCAGAGAAAUAGCCAAACAUGCUCGUGCAGCUGGACGUGAUGCUGAAGUUGUCGGCAUCGAGGAAGCUAUGCGCGUUAUGGGGAUGAUUUGCAAGGCUGCUAACGAAGCGAUGGAAUUACGUCGCUUGCAAAAAUUUGAGGGUAAAAUAACUGCGCAAGGCAAACUGCUGCUACAUGACAAAUUGACCUGCGUUGAAGAUGAGAAGAAUGCUGAACGUAAUGCCUAUAUGAUGCAGAAACCGCGUGAAUUGUAUGUUUUUCUAUUCGAGCAAAGUAUAAUUUUUGCGGAUAUUGAUGGCAAGAAGCUGCAGUAUAGUAGUCCAACAUAUACCUAUCGGUCGCAUAUACAGGUCAACAAAAUGCAGUUAGAAGAAUUACCAAAUAAUCGUUUUCUGCUCAAAUCAACCGAUCCAAAUAAACCCGGUUUGAAUAUAGUUUGCUAUGCAGCUACAGUGGAUUUAACCAAUGAAUGGUUGCGCAUCAUACGCAAUAUACUGCAGUCACAACACGAUUUCCUUAGGGCAAUCACCAGUCCUAUCGAAUAUCAACAGCAGCAACAGCAACAGAAUUAAAAUUCGACAAGCAAACAAAAAGAACAAAAACAUAAACAAAACAGCAAUCAUGUACAAUUAUUUGCAACAAAGCAUUUCGUGGAAAUUUAUAAAAAAAAGAAACUAUGUAUUAAUACAAUACUUGAUAUUUGAAAUCUACAUGCAUUGUAAUCAAGGCAAAAGGAAAACAUUUUCAAACGAUGAAGGAUGUAUGGGUAUGUGUGUAGCAAAAGAAAUUUGUAAUGGAAAUGCAAAGCAAAGAUGUAAAAAAAACAAGGAAGGCGCCACGCCACGCUGAUUUACUAAGACACGCUUUUAUAUACAUACAUAUAAAUUCUAACAAAUAUUUGAAAUGUUCUACUGUUCUGUUGAUAGAUACCCUUUGUAUUAGUUGAGAAAAAGACUACAUAUAAAACUCUCGCCAAUUUCAACCUAUAUAUUUAUCUAAAACUAUUCAAUUCUUUUUUAGUACUACAGGUGCAUUUGAUUUAUGUAUAUAAAUAUGUAUAUCUAUACAUAUUUAUUAUUUGCAAUAAGUAUUAGCCCAUAGUCUGGCUGUAGUAUUUGAGUUUGGCCAACGACAGCCGAAUGCUUACGAUAUGUGCAAGCCUAGUUUUAUCGAUGAACAAAAUAUACAUACAUAUAUGUUUAUGUAUGUAUGUAUUUAUGCAUUAUUAAUGCGCAUCUGCUGUCAACAGAAUAAGCUAUUUAAAACAAAAAACAAAAGAAUUAAUUCUAGUAUAGAUUUCCCCCCAAAAAAAAAAAUACAAAAACGCAUGCGUUCGAUAUUAUAUGUAAUUUAAUUUAAUUAUUUUAAUUUUUUCUAAUAGCGAAAAAAUCUAUGUCUAAAUAUUAAUAAAGCUGACAAGUUAUAAUUGUAAUAUGAAUUAAAUGGAAAGUUGAUAAAGUUGGAAUACUAAGCUAAAAAAAAUAUAAAUUAAGUGAUCCUAACGAGUGAUUUAUGCUGCUAAGAAAUUAAAAAUAUGUACUAUGUAAUUUAAUUUAACUCAUUUCUUUUAUAAACUUACGUAUACCUUUACUAAGUAAAAAUACAGAAAAUUAAAAUAGAAAAUUAAAUGUUUCAUUUCAAUGA